AUGCACCCUCAGUUCAUUGCCAUGGUAAAGGAUUAUGAUAAAUAUAUGCAAGUACUUCGAGAAAUUUUCAUCUAUCAAUACUCAUCAUCUAAUAGGGUGAUUGUCGCGAUUGGUGAAACCGGUCUUGAUGAGACGAGUAAUUUACAUAUUGAACAACAGAUAUUAACAUUUGAAACGCAAGUAAAGAUGGCAAAAGAAUUUGAUAUACCACUUGUAUUGCACUGUCGUGGUAUACAAUUGUUUCGAUCAAUGUUAGAUUGUAUAUUGAAAAAUCUCGAUAGGAAUCAUCAUAUACACUGGCACUGCAUACGGUCAAAUAGUGACUUGCGAGUAAUUGAUGAAUUUCUAGACAUAUUUGAAAACUCUUAUAUUGGACUAAAUGGUUCAUGUACACACAAUGAUAGUAUAGAACAAGAUAAAAUAUUUAAAAAAUGGAUUAGAGGUCGAAAUGAUUUAUUAAAUCAUCUGCUAUUGGAAACGGAUUAUCCCUGGCUUUGCCCGACAGAACUUGAUCCUAAAGAAUAUAAUCCAUGCUCUGAUAUUCUUACCACAGCAAAAUUUGUGGAACUAACUUUGAGAUUAAAAGGAAAAAUCUAA